AAUAUAAUGGUCACUUUAAUUGAUUUGGACAACCCAGCAUGUUGGUGUAAUUAACGUAACGCUUUGGUGAACGAAAUUUGGAUAAUCUGGGAUUUUAGCUUAUCAUUUGAGCACAUUUAUGCGAGAUAGACAUGUGAAGUGUUGUGUUCUAAAGCGGAUGGUUUCAGUUACUCAUAUUCCGUUGUAAAGUUACGUAUUUGUACAUAAAGUUAAUUUAAAAUUUGAGGUUAAUUAUGUCUUGAUAAGAAUUAUCCUAAAUUACCUGGUUCUUUGGUUAUUCAUCACUCUUUGAAAUUGGGUAGGGGGACACGGAUUGAAUGAUAAGUUCUUUUAACUCACAACAUGUCAUCUUCAGCUGUAUAUAUUCUUGAUGUGAAGGGCAAGGUCCUUAUAUCAAGAAACUACCGAGGUGACAUUGACCUUGGUGUUAUUGAAAAAUUCAUGCCUCUACUCAUGGAGAAAGAAGAAGAGGGAAUGUUGACACCAAUUUUGCAAACCUCGGAAUGUACAUUUGCCUACAUAAAAUACAAUAAUUUGUACAUAGUAUCUACGACUAAGAAGAAUGCUAAUAUAGCAUUAGUGUUUGUUUUCCUUCAUAAGAUUGUUCAGGUAAUGAUCGAAUAUUUUAAGGAACUAGAAGAAGAAAGUAUAAGAGACAAUUUUGUUGUUAUCUAUGAACUUUUGGAUGAACUGCUUGAUUUUGGAUAUCCUCAAACAACUGAUAGCAAAAUACUUCAAGAAUACAUAACUCAGGAAGGACAUAAACUAGAGAUCCAACCUCGGAUUCCUAUGGCAGUAACUAAUGCUGUAUCGUGGAGAUCUGAGGGCAUCAAAUAUAGGAAGAAUGAAGUCUUCCUUGAUGUCAUUGAAUCUGUAAACUUACUGGCAAAUGCAAAUGGCAAUGUAUUAAGAAGUGAGAUUGUUGGAGCCAUCAAGAUGCGUGUGUAUUUGAGUGGUAUGCCUGAGCUUAGACUGGGACUCAAUGACAAAGUGUUAUUUGAAAGUACGGGAAGAGGAAAGUCAAAGUCUGUGGAGUUGGAGGAUGUGAAGUUCCACCAAUGUGUCCGUUUAUCCAGAUUUGAAAAUGACCGAACAAUUUCUUUCAUUCCUCCUGAUGGCGAGUUUGAGUUGAUGUCAUAUCGUCUGAACACUCAUGUGAAGCCAUUGAUAUGGAUUGAGUCUGUGAUUGAACGUCAUGCUCAUAGUCGUGUGGAAUACAUGAUCAAAGCAAAAUCUCAGUUCAAACGUAGAUCCACUGCAAACAACGUUGAAAUUGUAAUUCCUGUUCCUGCUGAUGCUGAUUCACCUAAAUUCAAGACUACCAUUGGAAGUGUGAAGUAUGCACCAGAGCAGAAUGCAAUAACCUGGACAGUGAAAUCUUUUCCUGGAGGAAAAGAAUACUUGAUGCGAGCUCACUUUGGUUUACCGAGUGUAGAAGGUGAAGAUACUGAAGGUAAACCCCCAAUUCAAGUGAAAUUUGAAAUCCCAUAUUUCACAACAUCUGGGAUACAGGUGCGGUAUUUGAAAAUCAUUGAAAAGAGUGGAUAUCAGGCCUUACCUUGGGUACGAUACAUCACUCAGAAUGGUGACUAUCAGCUGCGCACAAACUAGAUGAAACAUUCCGUUAUUGUGUGAGUUCAGCAUCUUAUGGACACUCUUGGAGUAAUGGCAAGAUUCAACAGCAUGUCAACUUUGCAGUGGGCUAUCUGACUGUACAUAGUGUAAGAAAUAGGUGUCACCAUAUGGAACUUCUAAUUUUUAAAAUAAAAUACAGUGGAAUGAUAGAGUCUAAUUAAUUUUAGUAAGAUCAUGGUUCAUUUAUGAAUGAUGAAGCCAUUGUUUCAUUUCAUGGUGUAUUCAAUAUGUAUUUAUUUUUAAUUAUAGCUUGAAAAUAUGUGACAGUGUUUAAUAUGUAGACGAGGUCAUUUUUGCCAGUGAUAUUUGAAUCUUGCUUGCUGAAAUAUGAAAUGUUUUUGUCUUAAUUCAGGAAUUAUAGUAAUGUCCAAUUCAUUAUAAAUACAGCUUCACCCCUUCUGCAUCUCAAAAA